GGUACUCCACAUACCUAUACAUAUUAUUCUAUUUGAUACCCAGGCUAUACCCAUCAACAUACUGUAGCUUCAAAAACCACACAAUCAACCUUCAAUAUCGAAAUCAUAAUGGCAGUCCAAGAUCAAGAGCCAAUUGCCAUCAUCGGCAUGGCAUGUCGUUUUCCAGGCGGCUCCAACUCCCCCUCCAAACUCUGGGAUCUGAUCAAAUCCCCACGCAACCUCUCUAAGCGAGUCCCGGACGAACGUUUUAACUCUGAAGCCUUCUUCCACACCAAUGGCUCUUACCACGGCGCCACGGACUCGCGAGAAGCUUAUUUUCUAGAAGAAGAUGUGGCACUAUUCGAUAAUGCGUUUUUCAAUAUCCAGCCGGGUGAAGCGGAAGCUGUUGAUCCGCAACAACGUCUACUGAUGGAAACAGUUUAUGAUUCACUGUGUGCUGGUGGACAAACCAUUGAGGGCCUCCGUGGCUCCAACACCGGUAUAUACGUCGGAAUGAUGUGCGAUGACUGGGCCCAAGCUAUUAAUCGAGACUGGGAGUCUACCAUGACUUAUGCUGCUACUGGUCAAAGUCGUGCCAUUGUUUCAAAUCGCUUGUCGUAUUUCUUUGACUGGCAUGGUCCGAGUAUGACAGUCGAUACGGCUUGCUCCUCCUCACUGGUCGCUGUUCAUCAAGGUGUAACAUCACUCCGCAACGGCGAGUGCCCAGUCGUAAUUGCCGCUGGCGUCAACUUGAUACUCGGUCCUGGUAUGUGGAUCGCGGAGAGCAAGCUUCAUAUGCUCUCACCGACGGGGACAAGCAAGAUGUGGGAUGAAUCGGCUGACGGGUAUGCCCGAGGUGAGGGUAUCGCGUCUGUGGUCAUGAAGAGGCUUAGCGAUGCUUUAAGAGAUGGGGACCCCAUCGAGUGUGUGAUUCGGGGAACUGGUGUAAACCAAGACGGCAAGACUCCUGGCUUGACCAUGCCCAAUGGCAAGGCGCAAGCGGACCUUAUCCGUGAUACAUAUCAACGUGCAGGUCUUGAUAUUCACGACCCUCGAGAUCGCCCACAAUUUUUCCACGCCCAUGGAACGGGAACACAAGCAGGUGAUCCUCAAGAGUCCCAAGCAAUUGAUUCAGCGUUCUUUUCCGGACCCGACAAAAAAUUGGAAACCAUGGCCGUGGGCUCCAUCAAGACGAUUAUCGGACACACUGAAGGAACCGCUGGUCUGGCCAGCUUGAUUGGCAGUGUGAUGGCAAUAAAGCACGGUGUAUUCCCCCCCAAUCUACAUUUUCAAAAUUUGAGCCCCAAAGUCGCUCCUUUCUAUAAUCAUCUUCACAUCCCAACAACUGCUACCCCUUGGCCAGAAUUGCCUUCUGGCGUGCCACGUAGAAUCAGUUGUAACAGUUUUGGAUUUGGCGGCUUGAAUGCUCAUGCCAUCAUCGAAUCCUACGAAUCAUCAACAGAAUCCACACUGAUAGAGCAAGAAGCCACUCUAGCCAGCGUAUUCACUCCAUUGACCAUCUCUGCCGCUUCUGCAUCUGCGUUGAAGGCCACACUUUCCGACAUCCGAUCUUACCUGGAAAAAUCUCCAGAUGUCAACAUGCACGACUUGGCUCAUACUUUGCAAAGUCGGCGAUCGACCUUGGCUUAUCGUAAGGAUAUCAUGUAUAGUAGCCGCGAGGAUGCCAUAACGAAAAUUGAUUCGUUGUUGAGCGACGAUGCUAAUGCAGCAGCCAAUGGCUUGACCUCCCGCUAUACUGAUCAUCCAAAUGCUCGUAUCUUGGGCAUAUUCACUGGUCAAGGUGCACAGUGGCCUCGCAUGGGUGCAAAGCUCAUUGAGAAAUCCCCAUUUGCCGCAAGACGCAUGGAGGAGCUCGACCUCGCACUGUCUCGUCUUCCGGAAAACGACAGACCUAGCUGGACGUUGCAAAAUGAGUUGCUCGCCGGGGCUGAGAAGUCUCGCCUCUCAGAGGCUACAAUUGCACAACCUCUAUGUACGGCGGUCCAAAUAAUACUCAUCGAUUUAUUGAAGGAGGCUGGUAUAAAGUUCAGUGGUGUCGUAGGCCAUUCAUCUGGUGAGAUCGGCGCCGCAUAUGCUGCUGGUUUCCUCUCAGCACCCCAUGCACUGUAUAUUGCUUACUAUCGUGGCUUUUACGCCCACUUCGCUGGCUCUGAAAGCAACGUUCCUGGUGCGAUGAUUGCGGUGGGCACCUCGUAUGAGGACGCGCUGGACUUUUGCGAGCUGGAUGAUUUCGUCGGCCGCAUUCAAGUGGCUGCACGCAACUCUGCGACCAGCAUCACGCUCUCCGGUGAUAAGGACGCAGUGCAAGAGGCCGAGGAGAUUUUUAAGGAUGAGGGCAAAUUUGCUCGAGCAUUGAAGGUCGACAAAGCCUACCAUUCUUUCCAUAUGCUUCCGUGCAUCGCCUCUUAUUUGGCGGCUCUAGCCAAGUGUGAGAUCACGGUUCAGGAGGGAAAUGGCAUCCAAUGGUAUUCCAGCGUAAGGAACGGGCGAGUCAUGAGCAAAGACGACAUCUCCACACACAACUACUGGGUGGAAAAUAUGGUCAAUACGGUUCUUUUUGAGCCCGCUGUAGAGGCUGCCGCCUCUAACGGGGAUCCUUUCGACAUUUGUAUCGAGGUUGGCCCUCACCCGGCACUGAAAGGGCCUUGCCUGGAUACUUUGAAAGCGGCCACUGGAAAAGUCGUCCCAUACACUGGUUUACUAGGUCGUGGCAAAGACGACCGGGUCGAGUUAGCUCUGGCUCUCGGCUCCAUUUGGAGACAGCUGGGUGCUUCGUCAGUCAAUUUUGAUACCUUCGAAUCCAGCGUCUCAGGUCAGUUCCUGCCAAAGCGUACAUUGUCUGGACUACCAACUUAUCCCUUUGACCAUUCACGUCGCUUUUACUCAUUGACACGCUUCUCUGGGAGCUUCAUUUACGCACAGGACGCACCACACCCGCUCCUGGGUCGACGUUCCGUGGAAAUAGAGACGGACCAUCAGAUAUCAUGGCGCCAGCUGUUGAAGCCAAAUGAGAUCAGUUGGAUUCAAGGACAUCAAUUGCAAGGCCAGGCCGUAUUUCCGGCCAUGGGUUUCGUAGCCAUGGCUAUCGAAGCCGCCAAAACCGUGACCGGUGUUGAUCGUGAAUUAGGGUUGCUGACUCUUGAAAAUGUGAUCAUUUCGCGUGCUUUGACAUUCAGUAGCGAUGAUGCUGGUAUAGAGUGCAGGAUCACGAUGACAAUUACAAGCAACACUAAGGAUGAGUUUCGUGGUCAGAUCGCUUGUUAUUCUGGAGUACCUUACGGAAGUGGCGCUCCUCUCGUCUUGAACUUUUCCACGGAUGUAACGGUUGCGUUCCACACCCCAAUGCCAAAUACUCUGCCUGCAUCGCGUUUGGAUGAGAUCAACUUGGGUUAUGCAGAUGAGAAGCGCCUGUACGCGCAAUUCACGUCUCUUGGCUACAAUUAUAGUACACCUUUCACCGGUAUCCGUAGCAUCUCCCGCAAGAUGAACUUUGCAACAGGUGAGAUUGAGGACGAAGCGGGGGAUGAUUGGGAAGAUCAGCUGCUUCUACAUCCUGGAUUCUUAGAUUCUGCGAUCCAGACCGGCUUUGCUGCAUAUGCACAUCCGUUUGACAACCGUCUUUGGGCUCUUCAUAUCCCAACCGACGUACGUUCCAUUGUCAUCAACCCAUACUUCCUCGCAUCAAGAUCGGAAAGCCGCAACCGAAGUUAUACAUAUCAAACUGCGACUCGUACGACUCCUGAAGCACCUAUGGUGGUUGAUAUGUCGAUAUUUUCUGGGUUGGGCGAGCAGACCCUGCAACAUCCCUUCAUUCAGUUCGAGUCUGUCGGUGUGAAACCUUUUGCCCAAGCUACUGCACGCGACGAUGCGGUGAUCUUCUCCAGAAUGCAGUACCGACUGGCAGAACCGGAUUCAAGCGUAGCUCUUGAAAAUAUCGGCGAAGUCUGGACUGAACAGGAUUUACCGGCUUUGCUAGCGGCCGAGCGAUUGAGCUUCUUCCAUAUGCGUCGAUUAAGUGAAAUCACAACCGAAUUCGAGUUCCUUGAAAGUUCGUCGCCUUACAGGAACUUAUUGGAUAAUGCAAUGCGCCUUGUGAAGCUUGUAGUAGCGGGAAACCACCCCCAUGUGCCUCGAGAAGCGUCAGCUGAUUUGAUUGGCGAAAUCAACUCUCUAACGAGUAUAUACCGUAACCAUCCAUUCGUCAAACUUGCAGAAGUGGCGGGUAAACACCUGGAGGAUGAGAUUAGGAGCGGGGGAAGCAUCCUGGAGCACAUGACCAAGGACAAUCUGCUUCACAAGUUCCAAAGCAAGUUAGCCCUGAUUGCUCACAAAUCUAUGGCUGCGAUCGUGUCUCAGAUUGCCUAUCGCUACCCGCGAAUGAACAUUCUCGAAAUCGGCGCUGGUUCUGGUGAGGCAACUCAAUAUGUGCUCUCAGAGCUGGACGGUGCUUUCGAAACUUACGCUUACACGAACGUCUCUGAUGAACUGUUUGCCAAGGCUCAGAGACGCUUCGAUAUAUACAAUGAUCGAAUGUUAUUCUCGAAGUUCGACAUUGAUCAACCGGCUAUCGGGCAAGGGUUUCAGGAAGAAUCUUUCGAUCUUGUGUUGGCAGCUGGAUCGCUGUCUAUGACAGCCAAUCCAGAUGAUAUGAUGGCCAAUGUCAGACGUCUCCUUAAACCCGGUGGGUUCUUAGUCGUGGGAGACUAUGCAAAUAAUGAUCUUAUGACGCUUAAUCUCGCUAUGGGUAGUUUGCCGGAUUGGUACAACGGGCUGGAGAAUGACCCAAGUCGAAGUUACGGACCCUGUCUCACGCUUGACCAAUGGACUGCGCUCACAAGCAAGCAUGGUUUUGCAGGUCUCGAUGCGGUACCCUUUUCAAACAAAGUUCAGCCUUACUCAGUCUUUUUCUGUCAGGCUGUUGAUAAUCGCAUCCUCAGCCUUCGAGAACCUCUAAAUGAGGUCUACAACGAAUCUCAAAACGGUAGUGAAAACGAGUCAGAAGUUUCUGCACCAACUGAUGGCCGUGCCCAGUUGAUUUUGGUUGGAGGCCGUAAAGCUGCGACGGCUAAACUUGUAAGCGAAGCAUCAGCUCUGCUUAGUACUCGCUACAAAAGCAUUACUCGGGUUGCAUCUCUGGAGAUUCUCCAUGCUGACGGCAUCACACCUGGAACUACUGUUCUCUCCCUGACCGAACUUGACGAACAAUAUCUGGAAGCCCGUAGUGAAGUCAAGCUGGAAGCUCUCAAGACCGUCUGGCGUAAUGCCCGCACGAUCCUCCAUGUCACCAAUGGUGCUCGAAACAGCAGUCCAUACUCCGGAAUGGUGUUGGGUGUUUCCCGCGUGGUUCGAUUUGAACACCCCAACAUCAACCUACAGAUCUUAGACUUCGACUCUACCACUAAGCCGACAGCAAAGAUCAUUGCCGAAUCUUUGGCACGCCUCGAGCUCGGACGAAAAUGGGUGACGGAGGACGCGGCGGAAGACUUGCACUGGAGUCUUGAGCCUGAACUCUACUAUGUCAACGGCAAACAGCUAAUUCCGCGAUGCUUGCCAUUCAAAGAGGGCAACGAGAGAUACAACACCUACCGCCGUCCCAUUCCUGUCGUUGUGGAUCCAAGCGAGGUGAGUGUAGUCCUUGAGCCAAGUCAAGGUGAACAAACAUUCGAGCUGGGUACUGUAUCACCUCUUCGUGUCUUGCCAAUCGUUCAAUCUACCAAGAGCUGCACCCUACAGACCAAAUACUCCCUGAUGGGUGCCAUCAAAAUGAAUGAGGCUGCAUGGUUGAGUCUAUUGCAAGGAACCGAUAAAGAGACGGGCCAUGAGCUUAUUGCUCUUAUCGACAAUGCAGCCGAAUCUCGAGUGGUUGUGCCGGCAGAAUGGACAGUCCGUACUCCUGAUGAUACAAGUGGUUCUGGGCUCCUCGCCACCGUUGCGGCCUAUCUUGUCGCCAAAAGUAUUCUCGACAGUGCACCCAGUUUUGGCAGCAUCAUUGUUCACGAAGCCAACACUUUGUUAAGACAUGCAUUGACACGACAAGCGGCCGUAGAGGGCGUGCAGAUUUUGUUCACCACUACAAAACAACAAUCGACCGACAAGGAUAGCUCCAUCAUGAUGGUACAUCCAAAUCUACCUUUCAGUGUUCUCCAACGCCUUGUACCACGUCAAACGUCAUUUUUCGUGAAUAUGGCUGGUGUUAACUGCACGAGUGCUGAACUCCUCAAACGUUCUUUGCCAAACGAUACAAUGAUCCGUCUGGAAUCCGAUUUUAUCCGCCCACAGCCAAGCGUGAAAUCUGAACACGUGACAUCGGACGUCAUCCAGAAAAUUGGCCAAGAUAUUAAGGAAGCCAUUCACAGAGUGACAAUCUCUGCUCAACGAGGUCGCAAAUCUAAGCCUACUACUAUUGUAGCAGCAAUUCACGGUAGUAAAAGUCAAGACGAGAUCUCUUUGCAGAAUAUCCAAAACUCUCGUGUUGCAUAUGCUGCUCUCAAUAUCGUGAAUUGGCAAACAUCUUCAGUUCAAGCCCUUCAGCGCCCAAUCGAUCAUGGACUGAUUUUCCGUGAUCAUGUCACAUAUCUCCUCUUCGGUCUGGCUGGCGAACUUGGUCAAUCCUUGUGUUCCUGGAUGGUCUUGCAUGGUGCACGUCAUGUAUUGAUUGCGAGUCGGAACCCUAAGGUAGACUCUCAAUUCAUCAAUACCUUAGCUGAUGAGUAUGGUGCAAAUGUUAGGGUCAUGUCGGUUGAUUUGACACAACGUGCUUCAUUAAACGCCUGUUACAAGGUCAUCACCGCUGAGAUGCCUCCUGUGGCUGGUGUUACACAUGGAGCUUUGGUCCUUGCCGACUCUCUUUUUGACGACAUGACAUUCGAUGACUUUGAUCGUACAGCUAAGCCCAAGGUUGACGGUACUUUGCUCUUGGACGAGCUGUUCUACGAUGCACCACUGGACUUCUUCAUUCUAUUCACCUCCGCCGUGGGAGUGUCUGGAAAUACGGGUCAGUCUGCCUAUAUCAUGGCCAACAACUUCAUGACCUCGUUAGCCGCCCAGCGACGAGAUGUUCGUGGAGUAGCCGGCUCCGAUCUGGCACUUGCCGCUAUGGCUGGCUUAGGUCGCUUCGAACGCAGUGAGUAUCUGGACAAGGAUCACUUUGCCAAGAUGGGCUACCGCGACAGCUCCGAGCAAGAUUUCCAUCGACUCUUCGCUGAGGCCGUCCUUGCCGGUCGACCUGAGAACGCGAGUCAAGGAUGUUCUCAAGUCGCCAGUGGUCUGCAACCCGUCCGCAAGACGCCCAAAUUGCAAGCACAACUGCGUGAAGAUCCCAAGUUCAGUCAUUACAUAUUGCCCGAUGCCUCCGCUCUGGACCGCCAAGGUAAGGGAUCUCAGGGCGGCAAGACCGCUCGUGCACGAGUGCGAUUAGCAACGGUCAAGACUCGUAGACAAGCGCGUGCUGCAGUUAAAGAGGCUUUUGUGGACCGACUCAAGCGUGCUCUCAUGAUCCCGCAAGACGAGGCUCUCAACGAAGAGCUGACUUUCGUUGAACAGGGCGUGGAUUCUAUUACGGCCGUGGAGAUUCGAACGUGGUUCUUGGCUGAGAUUGAGGUCGAUUUGCCCGUGCUUCAGAUCCUGGGUGCAGGGACCACUGUCCAAACUGUGGUUGACAAGGUUAUGGACAAGAUUCCUGCCAUUAUUGUGGAUUGGGAGAAGUUGAUCAACGACGACGAUGACCCCGUCGCAGUCAGUGUUACAAAUCUUGUUCCACCCGCCCCAGUAGCAGCAACCGUGGUCGAAAAAAGCGACGAAUUUCCCCCGAAACGCACUGGGGGAACCAACGUUACAGCGUCAACCGUUGACACCGGAACCCAUACACCUGCAGUAUCUGAUUCAACUUGCAAUACUAGUCAGGAUGGCUUGUCUGAAGCAGAUAACAAGGUCGAGAGAAAAGAGACGAAGAAACACCAUGAGGCGACAAAAGUGCAAGAUGUUCUUGUUGAACGACAACGUGAGCAAGCCAUCGUCGAAUCCGCCACGGAUCACACCGAGCAAAUGACAUAUGGGCAAAGGCGGAUGUGGUAUCUGACACACUUCAUCGAUGAUCCGACUACGUUGAAUUUUGCCUAUAUCGCCAAGCUUAAUGGCCAUCUGCAAGCCGACCAUCUCGCUCGGGCCGUGGAGUCGGUGGCCCAACGACAUGAAUCACUUCGUACACGAUUUUUCUGGUCCGAUGAUGGUGCUAGUACCCCCAUGCAGAGCAUCUUGUCUAAACCGCUCGUGCGCCUGGAGAUGGCACGUAUCCCUAAGGAGUUAGCACUCGAGGCUGCAGAAGCAGAACUGAAUGCCAUGCGCAACUUCGAAUGGGACCUGGGAGGCUGGGUACCCGUGCGACUUCGACUACUCACUAUCUCGGACACGGAACAUUACCUUCUCAUGGGAUCCCACCAUAUCACCCUGGAUGGUCACAGCUUCACCAUCAUGAUGAUGGACAUUGAAGAAGCUUAUCUGUCGCCGGGACAGCAAAUUCCUGCACUCCCUCAAUCCUCACAAGCACGUGCCUUUUCCGAGCAAACGCGCCUGGCAUAUGAAAGUGGCGGUUUUGCUAAGGCAUUGGAUUUUUAUCGCCGCAUUUUACCUCCGCAAGACUUUUUGCACCCCAUAGAGCUGUUUCCUUUUGCUCGCACCCAGGUUCGUCCCCCUCAGACUUGGCAGUCUCAUGUCGUCCAGCGGGUUCUUGAUCCCUCUAUUGUGACGGCACUGAACCAGAUCGCCCGCAAACGCCACAGCACAUCAUUCCAUGCCUACCUCGCCUCAUAUCAGGCAAUGCUGUUCCGAUUACUACCAUCCAAUACAACCGACAAAUUGUUUAUCGGCAUGGCUGAUGCCAAUCGCUUGGAUAGCAAAUUCUUACGAAGUAUUGGGAACUUCUUGAAUAUCCUUCCAUUGCGGUUUGACCGCGCAACACGCCAGUCGUUUGGUGAUGCCAUCGAAUUUGCCAGGGCAAAGACACACACUGCCUUGGAGCAUUCUGCUUUGCCCUUCGAGCUAUUGCUGGAUGAGCUCUCAGUUCCACGGUCGAACAGGUGGACACCGAUCUUCCAGGUAUUUAUUGACUAUCGCCUUAUUCCAAGUCAGCAAGGGGCUAAACAGCGAGAGUGGGCUGGGUGCGAUGUGAGUGAGGAAACGUGGCACACAGCAAGAAGUGGGUUUGAUGUGGUCUUGGAGAUCAAGGAGGACCAGAACGAGACGACACUAAAAUUUCAUGUACAGAAGGACCUUUAUGAUGAAGCUGCUGCAGAGCUGUUGCUGAACAGUUAUAUCAAUGUACUUCGUCAGGUCACGGAGCAGGGGGUAAGGACAGAUUUAACGAAAUUGAACAAGUGGGACGACAAAGACGUGCAGAAGGCUCUCACCAUCAGCAGAGGCCCUACAAUGAAACAAGAAUGGCCGGCUACAGUUGCGCAUCAGAUUGCACAGGUCAUUCAACGCCAUCCCAAUGCUCCUGCCCUAAAGGACGGCUAUGGGGCCAAUCUUACUUACGCAGCCAUGAAUCAAAGGGUAGAGGGGAUUGUUAGUGUCCUCCGUGCACAACUCACAGCAACAACCAAGCAAGAGGAUCAAAUUGUUGGUGUGUUCCAGACCCCGAGCGCAGACUUUGUCUGCUCUCUACUGGCGAUUCAUCGAGUCGGAGCUGUCUAUCUGCCUCUAGAUCCGCGCAAUGGAAUGAGCCGCUUAGCAAGUGCCGUGAAGGCUGCCCAACACAUUGCAAUCCUUACGGACAAGGAGUUUGUGACACAGACGAACGAGCUGGACCUCGCCCAGGGGACUGUCAUCCUCAAUGUUGCGGACAUCAAAUCUAAUCCAGUCGCUAACGAAAGCACUCUCUCAGUCGGACCUAGGGACGUGGCAUACAUGAUCUUCACUAGUGGAUCUACCGGCGAGCCUAAAGGUAUUGUCGUUCGACACGAAAACUUGCGGGUCAAUCUGGAAGGCUUUCAUCGGGCUUGGAACAUAGAAGAUCUCGGUAAGGUCAUGUUGCAAAAUGCCGCCUUCAGCUUCGAUGCAUCGCUGUUGCAAGUCUUUGCUCCUUUGACAACCGGUGGCUGUCUCGUUGUAGCCCCAGCCGAUGCUCGUGGUGAUCCCCACGAAAUCACCAACCUGAUGUUGGAACACGGCGUCACAAUGACCCAAGCCACGCCUUCAGAAUACGAGACCUGGUUCCGAUUUGCACCCGAAAAUGUACGUCGCUGUACGGCGUGGAAGGCUGCCUGGUUUGGAGGUGAGCGGGCACCACCAGGGCUUCUCCAUCUCUUCCGUGAGGCAUGCAAAGUGCUCCCGAAUCUGCAAGUAUACACAAGCUAUGGCCCAACCGAAGGCACUAUUUCAGCCAUGAAGGGCAAAUUAGAGAUUGAGGACCCCGCCGUCGCUGUCCCAGUCCCCGGCUUCGUAUUGCCCAACUACGCAGCAUACAUCGUCGACGAAGCUCUGCAGCCAGUACCUAUCGGCGUCUCUGGCGAGAUUAUGAUUGGUGGUAACAGCAUUGGCUCCAAUGAAUAUUGGCACCGUCCCGAUCUGACCGCAUUAGCUUUUCUACCAGACCCGUUUGCAGCCAAGGCAGACGACGGGGCACGCAUGUAUCGCACGGGUGAUCUUGGACAAUUCGAUCAACAGGGCCGGCUGGCUAUCAAAGGCCGCAUUUCUGGUGACACCCAGAUCAAAAUACGGGGAUUCCGAAUUGAACUAGCCGAAAUCGAGGGUGUCAUAAUCAAGGAGGGAGCUGGUUUUGUUACCAACGCCGUGGUAACGCUUCGUGGCACCGAUGCGAGUGCUUUCCUGGCUGCACACAUAACGAUUGAUGCCAGCAAGACUACUGAUCCACAACAGGCUGGUGUUGUUCUGAACAACCUACGUGCCGCUCUGACUCUUUGUCUCCCAUUGUACAUGUGCCCGUCCACUAUAGUAGUACUUGAAGAGAUGCCAUUAACUGCACACUCCAAAGUCGAUCGAAGAGCUGUACAGGUAUUGUCAUUACCAGAGCUUGCCGAGAGCGAUUCUGAUGCUAUCAUCGCACCGGAUCUGACAUGGACAGAGCGUCGCCUGGCUAUUCUGUGGGCCACGCUACUACCGCCACAGAGUUUAUUGUUGACACAACAAUCCAGCUUUUUCUUGGCUGGUGGCAACUCUCUGCUACUAGUGCAGCUUCAAGCUGCCAUCACGGUUGAAUUUGGUGGCGCUCCACGCCUGAGCAAGCUGAUGGCCGCAACGACACUUGCAAGCAUGGCCGCAGAGCUCGAUAAUGGGCUCGACACUGCCAGUGACUGGGACAAGGAGAUGGCCCUCGACUUGAUUCAUAACCAAACCAUCACUGAACCCACGACACUGGUGAGAAGGAAAAGCCUUGCCCAUGGUCUGAGCGUACUCGUCACAGGUGCCACUGGCCACAUAGGACACCGCAUCAUUAACGAGCUUGCAUCUAACAGCCGUGUCAGAAGGAUCAUCUGUCUGGUAAGGCCAAUGGAUGGACGAGACACUCUAAAUCUCUUCCCCGACGUUGUUGCUCAAGACAAGCUACAUUUUUUGACAAAUAACCUUCCCACACUACCCACGGACGAAGAAAUCUCUGAUAUCGACGUGGUGUUGCACUGUGCCGCCAACCGCACUUUCUGGGAUAGUUACAGUGCAGCAAAGCCAAUCAACGUCGAUGCUGUCAAGGCACUCGCCCAACUCUGCCUUCGCAAGGGUGCCACCCUCCAUGUUCUCAGCUCCGGCGCUGUAGCCGCUUACGAACAAGAAAGCACUGAUGGCAAUCCAGACACAAAGCUCCCGCGUCCAACCUCUGAUGAUGGCUACGUCUCAUCAAAAUGGGUUGCAGAGCGAUACCUCGCCAGCGCCGCUCGUCUUGCUGGUCUGCAAGUGACUGUCCAUCGACCACUCCAAACGCCUGCAGCAUCAGAGCAAUCCAUCAACGGGCCAGCAAUCGAAGCUGAGACGACCAUUGUGAACUCCCUAAUAGCCGCUAUACCACAACUCGGGGUCCGACCCGACUUUGCGCAUGUCGAUGGCUGGAUGGACCUCGCGCACCUCGAUAAUAUUGUCACUUCCAUCACUACCGCCGUCACCGAUCCCGCUGCUGAAUAUUCGGACAUGGGUCUCCAUAUCAUCAAUUACCCCGGUGAGAUGCGCGUACGGAUCAGUGCGCUCGCGGCUGGUACCAAGACGAUGCUUGAGAGUGAGGUAAUGAAGGAUCUCCCCGUCGUUUCUGGGUUGCAUUUUGUUGGCUUGGCUAAACGUAGUGGUUUAUUUGAUUUGGUUGUUACGGCACAGGAGAUUACAGUCAUUGAUGAUCAGGGACGGAAGAUUGUAUCGAGGCGGUAAUUGAAUUACUUGAUUGCUUGUCUUUUCUUUCCAAUUUGUUCUAUUUCUAUACAAGAAAUUUUGCUGGAGUUAACUUGGGAUAGAACCAAUUCUACUAACGUAAUUUAUCAGCAUGUAGCUCAUAUCAUCAUAUAGCCCAUCUCAAAAUAUAUACA